UUCACCUUCACAUUUCAUUACCGAGCUUAAAAUUCACCAUCUUUAUUAACUUAUCACUACCCCCGUCAUUUUUGAAUGGGAGUCCCCUCCCCCGGGACUGAACAGGCGGAUUUACCGGGGUACCUUUGUCGAUAAAUCAACCAAAAUUAGUUACCCUAACCCUCCCCCCGGCCGCUAUCAGUGGAGUUUCUCCACGAGUAUUCCCUCUUUCGCCCAGUCCGGGGGAGCGAGACCGUAAAAAAUGGCCGCGUGAAAUCCUGGGGCGAGCCACUAAGAGUUCGCGCGGCCAUCGCGUCACGCACGACGGACUGAGCAAAAGAAUGACUACUACUCUAUAAUUAUAAGCGGCUGGCAGACGGGCAGAGCAUUUAUUAUGUAAUUGAGGCGGUUAAGCGUGACACAAUUGUGUUCUGUUUAUAUCAGCUUUACACAAGAAGACAAGAGACAAAGUAAUUUGAAAUUUACAAGUUGUUAAAAUGGCCUGGGAGAGCAUAAAGAACCGCAUCAAGAACACUUUCUCCAGCAUCUCCAUUAUAACGUACGUGCUCGUUGUGAUUUUCGGCACUGGUUCAUGGAUCGCAGUCAACGCACUUUGGGUUGAAUUACCCAUCAUAGUUCAAGAAAUCCCAGAAAGUUGGUCUCUGCCAUCCUACCUAACAGUUAUAAUUCAACUGGCCAACAUAGCGCCUGUGGCUUUUACUCUAGGAAAUAAAUUCUUCCCACGAAUAGUUCGCGAGAUACCGGCCAUUUACAUCAGCGUUCUCGUUGGAAUCGCAGCAUGUGCGCUUUUGGCGUUUUUCUGGAAAGAGACGAGCUUCAUUGCGGGAGCUGAGCGCAGCACCGCACUUUUGGUUCUGUGUUUCUUUCUCGCCAUGGUAAAUUGUUCUUCUUCGGUCACGUUUCUGCCAUACAUGGCCACCUUCCGAGAAGUUUACAUGAGUCCCUUUUUCGGUGGCGGAGGAUUAGGUGGACUUUUCCCUAGUCUGGUAGCUUUAGCGCAGGGUGUGGGAGGGGGGUCACACACCUCUUGUGUAAACCCCACCCUGGCUCCUAUGAGUACUACUAAUGAAACGUCAGCAAACAAUACCACCACAGGUAGCGGGGGUCCAGGGCCUAAGUUCUCUGUUGAAGUGUUCUUUUGGUUUCUGACUGGAAUGAUGGUAGCCUGUGGCUUGGCCUUUCUGGGGCUGAAUUACCUUCCUGUGGCAAAACGACAGCAGGUAGUGAAAAACAUCAAAGGUGACGAUGAAGGGGCCCAGGGAUGUGAACAAGCCAUGGAACUUGUCUGUGACGAAGAGAGGGAAAACAUUGAAAAUUCUUGUUUUCAAGAGGACCAUAUUGUUAAAAAUUUGUCCACAAGGAGCGAUGUCUUUCUGUUUGUGAUUUUAGCCUUAGUCAGUGGCUUGAGCAAUGGAGUCAUACCAGCUAUCCAGUCAUAUGCCUGCAUACCUUAUAGCUAUUACAUUUAUCAUCUAACGCUCACGCUGUCUAACAUCGCCAAUCCAGUCACCUGUUUCAUGUUUCCAUUUAUGCAAACAAUGUCAUCAGUGGUCAUAGCAGUGCUGAGUUGUGUGUACGUUGGUAUGUGUACAUACAUUAUUAUUGUCGCAUCGCAGAGUCCCAAUGUACUCUUACAAUGUGAAGAUUCUGGUGCUGUUUUGAUAGUAUUUAUCAGUGUCAGUGCUGUUGCCUUGGUAACGUACAUCAAAGUUGCAAUUGGAGGAAUAAUGCGUGAGAAAGGUCACAAACAUCUUCUGUGGUAUGGUGUGAGUCUUCAAGCAGGGUCUUGUGUAGGCGCUCUGGCGAUUUUUGCUCCAGUGAAUGUCUACCACCAAUUCAAACAAGAAUGACAAGCUUCACCUGGCUGAUGUUACAGUAAGAACACGCAAACUGUGAACAGUCUUGACAUUUUUUUUUCCUGCAUUUUUCGGUGACUACAGAAUGAUACAUUGAGGGCUCUUCGUUUGCUUUUUACUCCGUCCUCUGACUCUGAGCCUUCUUUCUAAGGUCAGGGAAAAAAUGUGCAAAGAAAGUGUUUGUGGUUUGAGUGUCCUCACUGAAAGUUUCAAAUGAAGGUUUAUUUAAAAAUAGUGAUACAUGUUUUAGGGGUUCAUGUCACAUUAGCAUGUAACAGGUGUUCUUUAAAACAUCUACAUUAGGACCUUGAAGAAACCCUGUCUGGUUGUCUGGGGCAAGCAACUUUCUUUCCUCACUCAUUGAUCAGCAAUAAGAAAGUGCUCAGGCAGGAUGUCAGCCAACUGAGGUUUAAUAAUUCUUUUAAGGCAAAAAAGUAAGUGAACAUUACUGUACCUUUCAAUAACAUAAACUCUGCUCAAUCAAUGGUGUCAUGUUUUGCUGGAGUCAAUCAUCUUUAAAAAGUGGACCUCUUAGGAAACAGAAGUUUAAUUCAACAGGUUCAAAAAGCCACAUCUGUGGGUUGCAUUUGGUAGAAUUUGAUCUAUUUUGUUUGUUUCUUUUUUACAAUUUUUGUUGGUCGUUGCCGUAAUUAUGAUUAAUGGCAGCCAAAAAUGCAAUUGCUAGUUAGGAUUUGCACUCCAGAGUUCUUGUGUUAUGGAAAGGCACCAUAAUUCAAAGGAUUUGGCAGGAGCUUAUGAACUAAUGCAAUACAAAGUACACUUCAUUUUGUCAUGAAGAUAAUGACAGUGUUGCACACGUUUACAUUUAAAUUUUAUCAAAUCAAUGCAUGCUUUUAUGCUUUCAAUGCAUACUUAUUUGUCUCUUUUAUUUAUGUUUAUAAGUGACCUCUGAACCAUUUUCGUUUUUAAUCCACAGCUACAGUGAGACAUUAUUUCAAUGUGAGACAGUGAGCAAUCACAUAUUGGAAAAUAAGAAGAGAAUUUAUAUUUAUUGUGAAGCAUGAAUUCUGAUUUUUAAUUCAAAUUAUAUAUUGCAUUUGAGAACCUGGGCAAGUGUCAGGGUAAAAGCUGGCCGGGGCAAGUGUAACACAGCUCAGAGCUGCUUGUCCAGGGAAAGCCAAACACAAUUUGUUUUUCAAACCCUGCAAACGUAAUUAUUGGUAUGCUGCAGUGACACAUCCUCUCAUGUGUGGUGAUACGCUGUGGCCACUUGCUUUGACAGUUAACACAUUCAGUGCAUUUAAGGAUUUGUUACAUCACUAUUAUGUUGUGUGUUUAACACAGGUGAGAUAAAAGAAACAUCUAGCAGUGUGUAGAAUUUUGUGGCAAAGUUUAGGUCUUAAAUAAAUAUGUGA